UCAUCCUUCUUAUAAAAAAAUUAGAACAUUCAUUAAUUGUCCUGUAAAUUAAUCGCUCCAGAGAUGAAAAAUUUACAUGACGGGCCCCUGGAAAUAUACAAUUAAAAGGGGGAACCCUCGCAGAUAUCAGGGCGGUGGUGAGCCCCCUUAAUGUAGAUGGAGGAAGGUAAAAGGGACGGAAAAGAGACCAUCACGACACAAAAUCCGGAAGAAAUGGAUAAAAUUGGGGUGACUCUUGGCAAACCCACCCGGGAGGCAGCCAGCACCCCGCCAUCCUCUCGCCCCGCCCUCCCCGCGACGUCCUGCAGCCCCGCCACGCACAGCCUCAUCCUCCCGUGGCCUCCAGGAUGCUCUCCGUCAUACAAAACAGGGUUACGUAUUAAUGACAACACGUGUUCAAUAGGGGAUGGGCGAGGAGAGGCAGAGGGAUGUGUGAGGGUGCAAGGAGGUGCGAGCGGCGCGGCUGGCAGGCUGCGAGGAGGGAGUCGCCAGCUGGGUCAGUCUGCCUGUGUGCUCGGUGGGACGGGGACGUAUGGCGGUGGUGCUCCCCGGUCCGACCCCGUGCGGCGAGUGACGUGCCAAGGGGCGGCGUCACCAUGUGCCCGCCCCCCUCGGCCUCUCUAUUAAUGCGUACGCUCCUGGACUUGUAGAUGACGAGUUUUCCUCUGGUGCACUGCUUGCCACUAAAAUGCUGGGAGUGAAGGCCACUACUACAGUCCGGAUGUAGCCGAGUGUGCAACAGAGACCUGAGCACGACCCGUGAAUCAAUACCUUACAAUGACUUAUGACCUCCGUUCUCUGUCUCUCCAGUAGACGAUCUGCAUCACUGUUUCGUCACAUUUUCUAAGACUUCGCCGCCGACGUGUGGUGCACAGCUGAGCCCAAUGCCCAAAUAAACAUGAGAGAGUUUGACAAGUAACACGACACUUGAGUGAUUCCCGGGAAAGUGAGACAGCAGCCACCUUCAGCAGCCAGGAGCCGAGGGUAGGGCAAGAUGCAGAUAGCUGAGGUGCUUCUCCUGGCGGCUGUGCUAUCCUGCCGCCGGCUGGCGUCCCACGGCUGGCAACAGGAGGCAGCCCUGGACGACCGUGGCGACGUGCGGAUGUACUGGACGGCAGACGUGAAGAAAAACGUGCUCUUGGUAGAGAUCCAGGGGAGGACGUUGGGCUACGUGGCUAUGGGCAUCUCCGUGACGGGCACCAUGAAGAACGCUGACCUACUCAUUGGCUACGUGGACUACAUGGGCAGGCCACACGUGCUGGUGAGUACCCGAACUGCUACACCGGCACCUACACCCAUCAAGAGGACACGGAAUUAAGUACCGUAUUCUGAAACACU